UCUGGGUCCCCGCCCGCUCGCGCUCCCCUGGCCACACCCUCCGCCUGGACGCAGCAGCCACCGCCGCGUCCCUCUCCCCACUAGGCUGCCGGCUCAGGACCCCCAGUUCCAACGGGGUCCUGGAAGCCAGAGGUGUUUGCUCAGGGCAGGGAAGGGGCUGCAGGAUCCCCGGGGGCUGCCAGAGGCCGGCCUCGCUGACAUCAUGGCUGACCCCAGCAUCGCCUGGUCCCACAGAUGUCGCCCUUUGGUCGCCUGUGUCUUCUCACCAUCGUUGGCCUGAUUCUCCCCACCAGAGGACAGACGUUGAAGUAUACCACAUCCAUUUCUUCAGCAGACCCAACUAUCAUGGACAUUCAGGUCCCGACACCAGCCCCAGACGCAGUCUACACAGAACUCCAGGCCACCCCUCCGACCCCAACCUGGCCUGCUGAUGAAACACCACAACCCCAGACCCAGACCCAGACCCAGCGACCGACAGGAAUUGAUGGGCCUGUAGUGACAGAUCCAGAGACACACAAGAGCACCAAAACAGCUCAUCCCACUGAAGACACCACGACGCUUUCUGAGAGACCAUCCCCAAGCACAGACGGCCAGACAGACCCCCAGACCCUCAAGCCAUCUGGUUUUCAUGAGGAUGACCCCUUCUUCUAUGAUGAACACACCCUCCGGAAACGGGGGCUGUUGGUCGCAGCUGUGCUGUUCAUCACAGGCAUCAUCAUCCUCACCAGUGGCAAAUGCAGACAGCUGUCCGGGUUAUGCAGGAAUUAUUGCAGGUGAGUCCAUCAGAAACAGGAACCGACAACCCGCUGAGCACCCGAAGACCAAGCCCCCUGCCAGCUCACCAUGCCCAGCCUCCUGCAUCACCUCGAAGAGCCUGGCCAGAGAGGGAAGGCACAGACCAUGAAGCUGGAGCCAGGGCUGCCGGUCUGAGUCUCCUACCUCCCCUAACCCUACCCGCCCCUGAAGGCUGCCUGGCGCCUUGGGGACUGUCCCUCAAGUUAUCUCCUCUGUUCAGACAAAAAGUAAAGCACUGUGGUCUUUUC